UUCAUUAUGCUAGAUGGUCAGCUGAGCUCCAUUGCUGAAUUAAUUACAAUCACAUCACUUUGCUCAAAGAUUUUGAAAAGAGACUGCAAUGUGUAGAAAUUUAAUUCAUGUUAUUCCCCUGAGCAGAGUGUGCUGAAAAUUCCUACAUUGACUGAAUUUAUAAUCAAACAAAAGUCAGGAAAAGAAAAAAAUGAACAACAAGGAGUUCCGCAGUGCUGCUCAUGAAAUGAUUGACUACAUCGUCCAGUACUAUGACACGAUACGUGACAGGCGUCCUCUGGCCGCUGUGGAGCCGGGAUACCUGCGCCCGCUGAUGCCUUCGUCCGCCCCCACGGCGCCGGAGUCCUUCUCUGACAUCAUGAAUGACGUCGAACGCAUCAUCCAGCCGGGGAUGACGCAAUGGAUGAGUCCUCACUUCCAUGCGUAUUUCCCCUCGGGCAACAGCUUACCGUCCCUCCUGGGGGACAUGUUGUGUGGAGCUCUCACAUGCGUCGGCUUCACGUGGGAAGCGUCUCCGGCGUGCACGGAGCUGGAGGUGAUCAUGCUGGACUGGCUGGCGCAGCUCAUUGGUCUGCCCGAUUAUUUCCUCGCCACUUCCCCCGGGUCUGGGGGAGGCGUCAUUCUGAGCACGGCCAGCGAAGCGACGCUGAUAGCCAUGCUGGCCGCCAAGCAGCGAGCUCUCAAAGACUGCGUUGGACAUCAGGAAAAAGCCAAGAAAGCUCCUCUGCUUGUGGCUUACGCUUCAGAAAUGUCGCACUCGAGCGUGGAGAGAGCAGGUCUACUGUCCAGCGUGCAGCUGCGGCUGCUGCCCACCGACGACACCUUCGCUCUCCGAGGAGCCGCCCUCGCCAGCGCUAUGAAGCACGACGCCGAGCUCGGCCUCAUCCCAUUCUGCGUGAUCGUGACGCUGGGAACCACCGCCUCGUGCGCCUUCGACAGCCUGCAGGAGAUCGGCGAAGUGUGCCGCGGUUACUCUGACGUCUGGAUCCAUGUCGACGCUGCUUACGCAGGCGCCGCUUUCGUGUGCGAAGAAUUCCGCGGCCCCAUGAAGGGCGUCCACAUGGCGGACUCGUUCAACUUCAACCCCCACAAGUGGCUGCUCGUCAACUUCGAUUGCUCGACCAUGUGGAUCCGUAAAUCAGAAGAGGUCGUUGAUGCAUUUCGCGUGGACCCGAUUUACCUGCGCCGCCAGCAUCAAGCUAAUCCUGAAGCACCUGACUACAGGGUGGUGCAUGACGGAAACGCGUUCAACAAGCGUCUGCUGAAGCGCCUUAACAAAGAAGGCGACAUCCACCUGGUCGCUUCAGAGGCACGAGGCGUAUAUUUUCUCAGGGUGGCGGUUUGCUCCCGCUUCACUGAGUCUGAAGACAUGGAGUUUGCCUGGCGAACCAUCGAGCGCACAACCUCUGCGAUGCUAGCAGAAGAACAGCGUGACGAGUAA